UCAUGAAUUUCCUUUUCUUAAAUUUUUGAUUUUAUAUUUAAGCCGCUAAAAAUUGUAGGCUCCGUUACCCGUAUUUCUCAAAUUAGUUCAGUUAAUUGAGGAACUAUUGCACCGUACCACAGAGCCAGUUGUUCCUUCGCGCGUCGUUUCAGCCUUGCCUAUCGAAAGCCCUACUUGUAAGUCAACGGCCCAAAUGUUUUACAUGGAACUAAAAUGAAAAUAAAACCCCAAGUGAGUGCGAAUUUUCAUCGUAAAACUGAGUGUGUGUUUGGAUUGUGGUUCUUAAUCGCUGCGUCUCACUCAAAUAUCGGCCGGGAAUGAUGUGAAGUUGCCCUCAUUAUGUGAAAUCCAACUCCGAAUUUCCAAAUUUUACGGUCAAAACAAACAUAAUAAUGGUUUGAAUAAAUUUAUCUCAAUGACAAUCAUGUUUGUAUUUCAUAUUAAACUCUGACUUAUUGUUUCUAGUUUGUGCUCCGGAUUACAUAAAUGCUAGUUUCGAGAGUUCAACAAUUUAUGUGAGUGGUAAAUUCUCCGCCAACUGACUCCUGCAUUCUUAACCUGACCGUUUAUUUACCAUGGUAGACGAGGAUUUCGGGCGAAUUUUCCCGUUGUAUUCGUGCAGUUGCCUUUUAAAGAGCCAAAUUAUUUGAACUAGCGCAACCUGGAUUUGAUCAAUUUCUACCGCUGGUAGUUGCAGAUGUACGUUUCCAGAGUUAUGCUCCUCUUGAUGUGAACAUUUCUGAUUUGUUUCAUCAGAUUAUUCUUCAGCUUUUUGUGUUCUAACCUUUAUGCCAUCAUGGAUGAUAGUUACCUAUCCGGUCAACUAACCACCUCAUUUCAUCUAAUGCAGACUCUCCAUUACUUAACCAGCGAUGUGCUUUAAAAGACGAAAAUGAACGGAGAAGUUCCAAGUGUGCCAAUUAUUACAUUGGCCAGUAUCACCAGCCUCUCCGAUGUGGUUGGUGAACUGCCUUUACCGAGUGCCAUGCCGCACACGGUAAGUAGCUCGCUCCUCUUUCAUCCGCGAGUUGCAGAAGAAGCCGUCAAUUUGCUGAAUUUGCGAGAUGACACUCUGGUCUCGCAGUUAACGCAAGCUUUAAGCCAAACAUCCUCCGCUCACAUAGAUCUGAAAGAUCAGUAUGCUGGGUCGGAUUCCCUCGGCGAGAAUCUCCUUCAUCAGAAUGUACCUGAAGUCCUCAAAGCGAUUUUACUUAAGAAUCCCAACGUGUUCAAACAGCCCUCAGCAACGCAACCUGUCUGGAAGAGCGAAAAUUCAUCAAUCAAUGCAAGUGCAGAUGACAUGUCAUGUUCGAACCCCAUGGGUGUGACCAACCAACGUGCCUCUGUGAUUAUGUCUGACAAGGGGCAUCACAACAGCACAAACUGUGAUCUUCUUGCGUCACCCUUCUGUGAUAUCAAACCAGAACAACUAGUUGAUAAUAGCUUUAGUCAAUCGCAAGGCCAGCUGAACAGUAGCGAAUCAAUAGCAAUAAACGCUGGCUCAAGCACGAUGCAGCACAUGCCUGGGCCACUUCCACGAUCUGCACAUUCUGAGUCAUGCUUUCCCAAAGAUAAUUCGCAAUCCCAGUCGUGCUCAAUGCCUCUGACCACUCCGAAGGCAAACCUCCCUUCUGCUCUAGCACCAGGCUCCUCUCCAGCACAAGCAAGCACUGCGCCUAGCCAAGUCAAAUUAAAAGAAGAACCUAGUUUACUAAGUCAAGAUAGCAAAACCAGUGUAAAUUCAAUUAGAAACCUUAAUCAACCAAUGAAGGAGCCGCGGGUCAAUCUAUGUAGGCUAACAGCAGAGGACCUUCUGGCAUCUCAAAAAUUGAAGAAAGAACCGGUUACACCAGAACCUGUAUCCAAUAAUACAAGUAGUAGGCUCAGCACUAGGAACAAGAAAACACCAAUCAUAGAGUCAAGUUCCGAUAGUGAAGAUGAUGAGCCCAUUAGUAGGACAAAAUACUUCAAAGCCAGAGACAAAGAAAGAGAAAUCAGGCGGAAAAAAGACAAAGAAGAGCGGAAAAAAGAAGAUAGAGAUUAUAUACCAGAAGAUUCGCCAACAUCCAGGUACAGCAAACGAAGGCGAAAUAGCAUAAGUGAAUCGAAAGAUGAUAAUGACGAUUCUUUUAAUAAACCAAAACCACCAAAACUACGAAAAGUUGAGCGAAAACUAGUACCAGUUCUGGAAAAGCUAUCGACUGAGGAGCUCAUGGAGACCAACACGUAUCAUAGGUUCAACAAGUCAGUAGAAAAAGUUCUGGACAGUGUAGAAGAUAUUGAAAUGGGCGAUAUGCACGAUGCAGAAGAUGAGACAGUGCCAGCAGAAGUCCUCAUCCCCAAGUACCAGCUCCAGGAUCUCUGUUCGGAAGCGGCCAAGCUGAAGACCCUCGGGGCCAUGGAGUCCGUGCCAUCCGACAAGCUCAUCCGGCUGCUGUCCAUCCUUGAGAAGAACAUCCGCGACGGGGCCAAAGUGUCGCCACUGGCCGACCCGGAUGACGACGAGGAGGAGCGCAAGCUCUGGAUGGAGCUGGCUAUGGAGCGCGUCAUGAGAGCUGUUGACGCAUCGCUCACGGCGUUGUACAUCCUCACGUCGCCAAACAUGCACAAGAGAGUCUAUCUGGAAGAUGUUAUCGAUAGGGUCGUGUUGUUUGCCAAGUACCAGCUUCACAAUACUGUCUAUCCGUCUUUCGAUCCCGUCUACAGGAUUGAUCAAAAAGGAAAAGAUGGUUUUGUCGGAAGUGCCCGGAAGAAGCGAAGUAAUGCCAAAGAAGUUCGAGAAAAGAGUGUGCUACUACUUUAUACAAAAUUAGUGGAAGUGAUCAGUUUACUGGCUGAACUGCUUAGUAUUCAAACUUUAACGGACACAGCCGUGCUCCAUGCAUCGUCAAUGGGUAUUUCGCCUUUCUUCGUUGAGAACAUCAACGAACUGCAGCUGUCUGCACUAAAACUAGUUACAAAUAUUUUUACCAAGUAUGAAAAACAUAGGAAAUUACUUCUGGACGAUAUCUUAGCAUCAAUGGCAAGGCUUCCAAGUAGCAAACGUUCGUUGCGCUCUUAUCGUCUCAGUUCUGAAGAAUAUAUUCAGAUGUUAACGGCAUUAGUUUUGCAGUUAAUCCAAUGUAUGGUAGUAUUACCUAAGCAGCUAGCUGAUAAAAACAGCAAUAGUGAUCCGGAUGUGGUGAUAAUUAGCAAAUUUAAAACAGCGAGGUCGACAGCCUCAAAUUUUCUGUGCAUCUUCCUAGCAAAGUGCAGUAGCAAAUCAGAAGAAAUAGACUAUAGGCCUUUAUUUGAAAAUUUUAUUCAAGAUCUUCUGACAACGGUGAACAAACCGGAGUGGCCUGCAGCUGAACUCAUGCUUAGUGUCUUGGGAAAAGUCUUAGUCUCUAACUUUGUAAAUAAAAGUUUAGAAAUGCCUUUACGAGUAGCCUCAUUAGAUUAUUUAGGAGUCAUCGCAGCUCGCCUGCGGAAAGACGCGGUUGUUUCUCAACUCAAAUUGAGCACGAUCGAUCAACUUAUAUAUGACAUUAGAACUGAAGAAAUGAAGACUGAAGAUGGUGUUGUGAAGGGAGAGGUCCCGAGGGUCAAAGACGAUGAAGAGCGAACACAGUUUUUACAGAGCGUUCUUCUAGACUUUCUAGCAGUGCGAUCUCAGUCAGAUCAUUCAUUAAAUUAUGCUCGCUAUUUUUAUUUAACUCUUUGGUACCAAGAUAACGCUGCCAGCACUGGCACCGCUCCCACACCGGUCAAGUCAUCAACCAAAGCCAAGAAAGAAAAGAAACGGAAGAAGCGAAAAUAUUCAAGUGAUGAAGAAUCAUCUAGUUCAGAAGAAGAGGAUGACGAAGAGAUUAAAAAACAGAAAGAAAAUGGUACCAUAGACGGAGAGGAUCCACUAGAAGUAUUUAAAUUGAAAGAAGCCCGGAAGAAAAUGCUGCUAGAGAAAAUUAACCCCUUCCAUAACUCCAUCAAUGUGAAGUCAGGCAAAAACGAAGUCAAAACUCAAAUCCUGCAAACUUACAUUGAUUAUGACAGCGCAGAACUCGUAUCGAGGUAUCUUGCUGCGAAACGGCCUUUCUCUCAAAGCUUUGACACGUACCUUAAACACAUCAUCAAAGUCCUUGGUGAAUCAUCAGUCCAAAUCCGAACGAAAGCCAUGAAGUGUCUGACUGCGAUUGUGGAGGUGGACCCUGGGGUCCUAGCGCUCAACGAAAUGCAGAUCGGAGUCAAACACUCGUUCCUCGACCAGUCCACAUCAGUGCGAGAAGCUGCUGUUGACUUGGUCGGUAAAUUUGUGCUCAGCCGUCCAGAACUCAUCGACAAAUACUAUGAAAUGGUGUCUGCUAGGAUUCUGGAUACGGGUGUCAGCGUCCGUAAAAGGGUGAUCAAGAUUCUCAAAGAUGUGUGCACAGAGUGCCCUGACUUCCCCAAAAUCCCGGAAAUCUGUGUGAGGAUGAUCCGGCGGAUAAAUGAUGAGGAUAGCAUUCGAAAGUUAGUCAUGGAAGUGUUCUCAAAUAUGUGGUUCACGCCAGUGCGAGAACGGCCACCUGCAAAAGAUGUUCUCUUGCGAAAAGUCAUGAACAUUACUGAUGUUGUAGCAGCAUGCAAUCGUGAUCUAGGAAUGGAAUGGUUUGAACAGUUACUCACUUCAUUGUUCAAACCCAAAGAAGACAAAGACGAUUCCACAAAGCAGAUUUUAGAGCCUCCUAAAUCAUUGAUCCAAGCGUGCAAGCAAAUUGUUGACUGUCUCAUUGACAACGUUUUAACGCUGGAUGGUUGCAGUUCUGGCUCAUCCCAACGGUUAGUCGCGUGUUUGCUCACUCUUCACUUGUUUGCAAAAAUCAGGCCGCAGCUAUUAGUGGAGCAUGCAAUCACCCUCCAGCCCUAUCUAAGCGUCAAGUGUCAAACGCAAGGUGACUAUCAGAUUAUCAGCAGUGUUGCACGGACGCUUGAACUUGUGGUACCUCUCAUGGAACACCCCAGUGAAACUUUUUUAGCCUGUCUCGAAGAGGACUCGGUUAAGUUGAUGAUGAAGCACGACCCAAGUGUCAUUGUCAGUUGUGUCUCCUGUUUAGGCUCUAUCGUGAAUAAUGUCACCAAGAAUUUUUCGCUGAUCCGGGACUGUCUAUUGAAGUAUUUAACUCUCUUGCGACAGUUCAAAGAUGUCUUGGAGAGAAAUCCGCCCAACAAAGAUGAAUUAGUUGUCAAAUUCUGCCCAUUCUUUAGGAGAUCUUCAUUCAUUGUUGGGCUACUUCUGAGACACUUUGAUUUUACCAACAAAGAAGUCUUAGGCAAUGAGUUGAGUCCGAAUUUGAAGGAUGAGAUCUUUGAAAUGUUGAUGUAUUUUCUACAAAACGAGCAUGACUCUCAGCUGUAUACUAUGAAAGCCAUCGGGUCUGUGUGCAUCCGCCAUCACGAUCUCAUGCUUGGCCCAGAGCUAAAAGCUUACUAUCACCAGGUUUUAGAAGACCCGCAAGGUUCUGAGGCUAUGAAAGCACAGAUUCUAAACAACAUAGAACAGUAUCUGCAGGAAGAGGAGCGCAGGAUGAUACUGCAAGAUUUGGAGUGGGCAAAACUGUCAAAGCAGGAAAAUCUCAAAGAGAUGGGUGAUGUUUCGUCAGGGAUGGCUAGCACAAUUAUUCAACUGUACCUGAAACAAAUUUUAGAAUCAUUUUUGCAUCCGUCUGUGAAAGUGCGACAAGCUGCCCUGCAAGUAAUCCAGCUUAUUUUGGCGCAAGGUUUAGUCCACCCUGUUCAGAUUGUUCCAUACCUGAUCUGCAUGUCGACGGAUGUUGAUAAAACUGUCAGUAAUAGCGCUGAUCGGCAGCUUCAAGAAAUCGAGCGCAAGUAUCCGGGUUUCAUCCACAUGAAGUCUCAGUCGGGUAUUAAGCUUUCUUAUAAGUUCCAAAAGUUGCUUCAGGGUGAUGAAGUAGUUGUGAGGGGCUUCCGCACCAAGGAAAACGAGAUGCCAUCAGCUUUAAAUGGUUUCUUGUUCUCAAUUCUCCGGACAAAGCCCCAGAGGAGAGCUUUUGCGCUGGCUAUCUUGAAGCAAUUUGAUGAACAAGUGAAAACAUCGCUUUCGCAAAUGUUAUACUUGGCAGACAACAUGGCAUAUUUCCCGUUCCAAGUUCAAGACGAGCCGUUGUUCAUCAUUCACCACAUCGAUAUCAUGAUAUCGGUGACAGGUACCAACCUGCUCCAGUCAUUUCGGGAAGCGCUCUUGCCAAACCCCAACGCUCCCCAAGAGAAGCGGAUUGACCCUACAACAGGUCAGGAAGUGCCGGUAAUCGACGAAGAUGAGGAUGAAGAUGAAGAGUCAUUACUCAACCGAGUCCCAGAAGACACAUCUAGCCUUCAAGAAAGUCUGACCGCAUCACAAGGCUGUCUUCUUCUUCUCGUCCUCAAACAACAUCUCAAGGCGCUGUACGGGCUCAGUGACGCAAAAAUCUCGCAGUAUUCGCCCUCAGAAUCGGCCAAACUGUAUGAGAAAAAUGUAAAUAGGAAAAGCAAUUCAAAAUUCAACCCUAAAGGAACACUAGAAAAACUAAGGUUAGGAGAGCCACCUCCUCAUUUGGACGAAAAUCAAAGGAAAGCCUUAAUCCGCGAUUACCUAGAGUUCAAGCACCUGAUUAUGAAUUUGGACCCUGAUGAUGUUGAUGACGAUGAUCUUGACAAAAAGCCAGGUUCUGGUUCAGGUGCCUCUGGUUGUUCUUCAGGGUACGCAUCAUACACGGUUUCCGAGGCCGACAAAGUCGAUCCGGGAAAGCAACCCCAACCACCGCAGCAACAAGUCCAAGGAGAUGUCAGCAAAGCUGAUCCAAAUCAAGUGGCAAAAGAAGUCGAAUCUCCAGUGGCGCGGAUUCCCAAGCUCAUAAUCAAAAAUAAUAACGUUGAAACGAAACACUCAUCCCAUCGGUCCCACAAAAGCAAGAAAAGUGAUAGGCAGAAGAAGCACCACCACAAACGGAAGAAACACAAAGUGCGGAGCUCAGACGAAGAGAGCGAUGAGGGUUACAGCGACCCUGAUUUUUUAAUUUAAGUGAAAACAUUCCUUCUCCGUUCAUUACUUUCUAGUGUCUCUAAGCCCGCCUGUAGGGUUUUUGGGUUGCCGUUAGUGCCAAACAAAAACUGUUUUCUGGUUUGGAGUUUUCUCAUCGCUAUCAAUCAAUGGUAUGAUUUAUUUUGGAUUUAAAAUAUUGUUUAUUUAUUUUUUUCAAAAUCUCGUACAUAGAAACUGCAAUUGCAGUUGUCAUACAGGUCAGUAACAAAUAUUAGCAAUAACAAAUGAAAAUAAAAAAAAACAAAACUUAACAACAAAUUAGCAUAAAGCAUAUUUUUUUUGAAGCAGCUCAUCAACUCUAUAGAAAGCUUCACGAAUUAGGAGCUGUUUUAACUCUAACAUGAAUGAUUCAAAACCAGUGUCCUUGAACAGAAGUUUUAGUUUUAGUGGCAGCAAAUUUAGAAAGUGAAUAGAUGCAGUUUGAUAUUGCUCUCGGACACCUUUAAUGAGAUUUUGAUGUUAGGAUGCCUGGAAUUAUAGGAACUGAGGGUUAGUUUAAUCCCAUCAGAAAUCAUCUAUUUUUUUAACUCUUUAAGUAACUUACACUAGAUAAAGGUUAUCCGCAAUCUCAGGCAAUCUGCCAUAAUAGUAUCACUGAAGGCAUCAUCAGCCUGGUCAGAAUUUCACCUUCUCAAAAAUGUUGUAAUGCCUAAAUUGGAAGUUUACAUUUAAAAUUUUGUUUUAUCUUGGACGCGCACUUGAAAGUUAUUGAUCUACAACUGACUUGAGUUAUGACUAGUAUAUCUUAAAGUUAGCUUUAUCAAUGAUUCAAUUGGUAGGUGGGAUUUGUAGUUAAUUCAUUCAAUAAUAGCUGAUUAAGUAUAGUUUACUUGUAAUCCCACCUUUUAAAGUCUUUGAACGUAUGAGUGAUGAAGGUCACUGAUCUUGCUUUAGUGAAAAUUCGGCUCUGAAAACGACGGCGACCUCUAAACGCUGCUGAGCAGGGUUUUUUUUUCAAUUCUUUUUGUAAUUCGUGUAAAAAUGUGCAAUUGUAUCUUAGUCAUAACCAGACUUGUGCGAAAAUAUUAUUUUCGACAAGCCCUCUAUUGUACAUAUCGGAAUUUCUGAGCCUCAGCUAAUAAUUGUAAAGUCAUAAGAGAAAUAAUGUAGAGUUUUGCAGGUGUAAAAAUUUGCUGAGUUGUAUUUGUACAUAUGUAAGAGAUAUAUUGUGUACAGACCAAAAUGUAAAUCGGCUUCUUCUGUUUAAAUGUGAAAUUCGUGUAUGAUUCGGUAUAUAGAUGUUGAAGUUGUGAUGUAAUAUUUUUCGUGUGAGUUUUGAAUUUGUUUCCCUGUUCAAUGGCUGUAUUAUUCUAUGUAUUCUCAAGGAGUGUUACCGCUUUACGAAUCUUCACUCGGGCGUCUGAAAAGCCGCUAGCAAGCAACUGUUCAACCCGAAUCAUCACACUGAGCGCCCACGUGAACUUGUAAAACACUGUUGCAUUUUAACUGUAAAUUGAAUAUGUGUAUGUUUUGUUAUUCAUGCGUAUAAUUUUGAAAAUUGUACAAAAUAAAUGCAGUAAUUUUAUGAUUAAAUCAAUUUCUCUUUCUUUAACGGCAAUUUCAACAAUCCAAAGAUAUAAGUGGAAAGUAAAUAGAAGUACAUUGUUAUGUAUAUACUUUAUUCAAAUUCCUGCAUUUAAGGUUUUUGUAGAUUGUACAAAAGGAUAAGGAAGUUGAUUAGCUUCCGUGGUUUUUAUUUCUCUUUUUUCAUUAUUUAUUUUAUCAAGUUUUCGCGUGUCAGUGAUGUAGCGAGAGUGACUCAACUCCCUGACGUUAAGUAAUUGAAAGAUAUUUUCUAGCUAAUUGAUUUUGAACCUAGACACAGCAGAUUAAGCUUAAUUUUAAUGUUAAUGGAAUUGAAGGGUACUGUUGUUUAAGCACCAGGAUUUCAGUUUUUGUUUUUGAGUUCAAGCACUGUAAACGGGCUCCGCAUCGACCCGCUGAAUACAGUGCAAAAUUUAUAAGUCUACGAAUUUAAUUGGACACCCAAGUAAUUCUAGAGUUCAUUUUUCAUUUUGAAACUAGUUUAUUUUCAUAAAGUGUCUAUCAAGAAUACUCAGUGCAUUAAAAGAUGUUUAGAUAGGUAAUUUAUUUUUAUACCUCAAGUCAGUAAAGUAUCGAGUUUUCUUAAUUUAUUAAUUUAUUCAACUUUUUUCUUGGUAUUCUCAAAAAGGACAGAAGAAGCAUCUUUUUCGCCCAGUACAAACAAACCAUCAAGCUUCACUUAAAGCUAGUGUCGAAAUUUUUAGAGCACAUGAUAAUUAUGUUGUGUGAAAUUACUUCGUUAAUGCUAUGAAAGUGCUUAACUCCUGUAAAUAUCACCAGUUAUCCGUAAGACAACAUUUUUUUACCGUUAUCUAAGUAAACCUUGUAAUUAAAGUUGUUUCUACUUCUCCAUUUUCCUUUUGCAAACCCUCAAUUUAAAUACUAAUUCAAAGUAUUAUUUUCUUAAAUAAAGUGUAAUAUAAUCCCCUUGUCCUCUCGCCAUUCAAGUGGAGCAGUUCUAUAAAUAAAUGUAACUUGAUAAAUUGUCCA